GAGAGGAAGAGAGAGAGAAGGAGAGAGAGAGGAAGAGAGAUAGCGAGAGAGAGAGUGUGUAUAUCCCUACAGGCCUGAGAGUAGUGCACACUGCCCCCUGCUGUUACUAUGAGCACAUUGCCUUGCAAAAAAACCGACCAGUCAAACAGGCACAAAGCCAAGCCAGUACCGCUCACUGCUGAGCACAACUCUGUCUAGACGCACGCUGGAGGACACUUCUGCGCCCAGGAUGAAGCUGACUUUAAGCACUCUGGCGGCCUUUGUGGCCUCUUUUGGGGUCCUCAGCUUUGUUUGCCUGGUUCUUGCCAUUGGAACUGAUUUUUGGUACAUCAUUGACACCUCGAAGAGGGAGAACAACUCCUCUGUGUCACUGAGCUCACAUUCAGGACUGUGGAGGACUUGCAACCUUCAUAACCAGUGCUGGCCGUUUAUGAACCCGUUUAGGAAUGGAAGAAACUUCACAGAUUCACAGAGGCAGAUACUGAACAUGCAGGGGGCGUUCAUGGUGCUGCUGCCCCUCAGUGUGAUCGUGUUGUUUGUCGGGGGGAUGCUGGGGGUCAUGAGCAUGUUGGCCCGGGCCCACCCGCUGCUGCUAGCGACCGGACUGCUGCUGAUGUGUGGCACUGUCUUCACGCUGGCUGGGCUUUGCGUGUACGUGGCCUACUCUGCGGCAGCCUUCAAAGAAGCCGUGUGCAUCUCUGGACAAAAAACUCUGGAGGACAUCAACAUAUACUUCGGCUGGUCUCUGGUCCUCGCUGCCAUCUCCUUCAUCAGCGAGCUCCUCACAGCCACCGCUUUCCUGGUGGCCUCGGCGCGUUUGGGUCAGCUCACACAACAAGACGAAGACAGCUGUCCGGGAGAGUGAGAAACGCUGGAGAAACCAGACUAAAUCCAUGUUAAAGCACAUCCGCUUUCAGACCAGAGCAGCUUUUCAACAGGUUUUUACUGUUUACAUCUGAUUGUACAGUUAAUCCUCUCCACACGGUCAGAGGUGAGGCGUUCUGCUCGUGUUGUUGUAUCUAAAAACAGCACUUUUUAUCACCAUACCUGCAUCGGUCUACUGGCCAACUGUAACAACAACGGUCACUGUUUAAGCUGCUGGAACUACAUUCUUGGUGGAAAACGUUGUAAAUAUUAAGAACAUACAUUUGAAACUGAGCUUCUUUGCUGUUCUGUCAUUACUUUUGUAUAAAAGCUGUUAUGUAAACACAAAAGAACACUUGAGGUUCUUUGUUAUGGCAAAUAACAUCACAGCUGGGUGAUGUGAGCAAACGGCCAAGCUUCUCGUGUUCUGUAGACCGCUGUAUAACAUUCAUUCUUUCAUUCUUUGAUCAGGACGUUGUUACUCCUAUACGUCUUUACAUAGAAAACAGCUGUUUGCUGCUAUUUUCAUGUUUAAAAUGUCAUAUAUCUCACCUUUAAUAUAGAUACAGGACAUAAUAUUUAAAAAAACAUAAGAAAACAGAGAAACUUUAAGAACAGAACAAUGGAGGCAGUUGUGCCUCAAUAAAGGCUGUAUGGAA